UUCCAGGCACACACGGUGCCUAGUCCUAAACUGUGAGGACACUGCUAAAGCCCAUUGGCUGCUCAGAUCCUGAAGGGAUGCCAUCCAGAGACCGGAUCAAUUAACACUAGCCCACGCCUGCGUGUUUUGCCAGGGACCGCAGCCAUAGGAGGAGGAAACCCAAUGAGUGGAUUGCCCUCUGUCCUGGACUAGAACAUUAGACUGAUAUAAGGACGUCCCUCUGCCCUGACAGGACAAUGUCAACCCUGGUUGUUCAUUGUGACUCCUGGAGGACGAACAUCAACCUAUCAGGAUUCUCCUCAAGUUUUGAAGAAGUAUGUUCUCUUGCAUCAGAGAAGACAUGAGUUGCUUGCUAAAAUGGGCAGCUUUCCUCUGGAUCGUACAUACCAUUCCUUGCACUGCUGGAAUGGCAUUGAAUGAAAGAAUAGACAACUCUAGAUGUCCUCCAUUGAAAGUAGACAAGGACCUGUUUUCCUACAGUUUAAAUGGUCCACAGCCAGAAUUCACCGGUUUUGAUCUGACAGAAAAGUUUCUCCUGAGAAAGGGGGCAGUGACAGAGGAGCGGCCAUCAUUCCGGCUGGGGAGCAGCCCCCUCAUCAAGCCAACAGAAUUGGUGUUCCCCAACGGUCUGUCCAGUGAAUAUUCUCUAGUUACCACCUUCCGGCUGAGGAAAACCACUAAGAAAGACCGCUGGUAUCUGUGGCAGAUAUUUGACCAGACGGGAGGUACCCAGGUGUCUGUAGUGUUGGACGGUGCUAAACGAGCAGUGGAGUUCUCAGCCCGGGGCCUUCUGAAGAACAGCCUCCACUACACCUUUAAGAGCCGAGACCUGCACACCCUGUUUGACCGCCAAUGGCACAAGCUGGGUGUGGCGGUCCAGAGCAGCAUCGUCUCCAUUUACAUGGACUGUAAACUAAUAGAGAGGAGGCUGACAGACGAGAAGCAUGAAAUCGACCCCAGUGGAUAUACGCUGAUUACAACCCGGGUGGAGGAUGGACGGCCUGUAGAUAUCGAACUGCAACAAAUCCUGAUCUACUGUGACCCAUACCUGGCUGAGAUGGAGACCUGCUGUGAGCAGGCAGGAUCUACGUGUGAGCCUAGCAGGGAGGGCCCUGGUGCUGGAGGGGUGACUCCCAAUCCCUUGGAUACAGAUGGAGCAGGCCAGCUCCCCCGGAUGCUCUCCCAGCCCGUCCAGCCAGCUCGGGUCCAGCGGGUCCAGCAUUCCAGCAGUGACAGAUGUCAAUGUUCAGCAGAAAAGGGUGAUCAAGGUCUACCAGGCUUGGCAGGACUUCCAGGACAGAAAGGCGAUCAAGGAGACAAGGUAAAGGAGAUGUUGAAUAUCUAUCUGGCUCAAUAAAUACCAUCAUGACUGUGCAAGUGUACACAAGUAUUGUACCUGUAGAAUUCAGUUACAAUUCUAACAGACAUAAAGCUGUUGUGCUUCCUUAGUUACAUAUUUCAGGGAGAGAGACAAAGACGGAGACGGAGAAAAGACAGACGGAGAAAAGACAGACAGAGACAGAGAAAAGACAGACAGAGAAAAGACAGACAGAGAAAAGACAGACAGAGAAAAGACAGACAGAGAAAAGACAGACAGAGACAGAGAAAAGACAGACACAGAGAGAGAAAAGACAGACAGAGAAAAGACAGACAGAGAAAAGACAGACAGAGAAAAGACAGACAGAGAAAAGACAGACAGAGAAAAGACAGACAGAGAAAAGACAGACAGAGAAAAGACAGACAGAGAAA